AUGGCCUCGACGACCCCCGCCCUCUUCUGCAUGGGUAACCCCUUGCUCGACAUGCAGGUCACGAAUGGCGAGGAUCUGUUGGCCAAGUAUGGACUGAAUGCAAACGAUGCCAUCCUCGCUGAGGAGCAGCAGGCUCCUAUAUACGAGGACAUCGUGAAGAAUCACAAGGUGACCUAUGUCGCUGGGGGUGCAGCACAGAAUGCUGCUCGUGGGGCUGCGUACCUCCUCCCUCCAAACUCCGUUGUCUACACCGGAUGUGUCGGCGACGACGAUCUCGCUGAGCAGCUCAAAGCAGCCAACAAGCGGGAAGGGCUACUGGAGGCCUACCAAGUGAAGAAGGGCGAAAAAACUGGUGCUUGUGCGGUGAUCAUCACCGGACAUCAUCGAUCCUUGGUGACAACCCUACGUGCCGCCGAGAAAUACGACCAGUCCCAUCUCUCUUCUCCUCAAGUCCUCUCUCUAGUCGCCGGUGCCGAAGUAUUCUACUUUGAAGGUUACUUCCUUACGCACGGUGCGUCCAUCAUCAGCGACUUGAGCAAACAAGUCAGUGCUUCCGGAAAAGUCUCCGUCCUCAACUUUUCUGCUCCUUUCAUUCCCCAAUUCUUCGGUGCCGCCCUACAAACCGUCAUCCCGCACACCGACAUCAUCAUCUGUAACGAGGCAGAGGCAGAGUCUUGGGCAAACGCCAAUGGGCAUCUUACUCCUACUGAUCUCCCCGCGGUAGGCAAGGCUAUUGCUAUGCUUCCCAAGUCUAAUGCCUCACGGCCUCGUAUCGUCGUUAUUACCCACGGUGCCGAGUCGACAGUCCUUGUCAGCUCUGCGGAAUGUGACAGCCCCAAGAUUUAUGCUGUCCACGCUCUCAAGGACGAGGAAAUCGUGGACACAAACGGAGCAGGAGACGCCUUUGCUGGUGGCUUCUUGGGCGCCUACGUCGCUGGCAAGUCCUUGGACGAAUCUGUUGAGGUCGGGCACAAACUCGCGUCAAUGAGUAUCCAAGAGGUCGGACCGCAGUUCAAGUGGCCCAAAGUACAAGUCCUGUAA